UUUUUUUUUUCCAUAAAAAAUUGAAAAGAUUGCUCCGUUUGUAAAGAUGUCAGUCAUUCUCCCAAAAGAUUCCUCUGCCGCUCACUCCUCUCCCUUAGCUGGCACCGUCCUUUCAGACCAUAACCUCCACACCAUCUCAUAGGGACAUUUUGCACCCUCCUGUGUGUUGUUGGCAUCUGGAUCUCAGAAUGGCUCCUCCCUCCCUUCGACUGCAGGUGCGCUACCAUGUGUGUUUUGUUCCAGCUACACUACCUUAGGUCCUUUCCCUGAACGUCUGUGGCCUUAUUUUACUAGAGGCCACCUCAGCUCUGGCGCUGGGUUCUCAUGUCUAUCCCUCAGGUGAACAGCUUCUGAUCUACCUGUCCGACAGGACGCACUGCAUUCUAGCAAUUCUCCGUCCAUCACCUGCCGCUGCAGGCCUGAAAGCUGGUUCUCUUGCGGGUGGUCGGCACACAGGAACAUUUGAUGUUAAGCUGCAAGCGCAGGGCUCAGAAUCACAAAUGGGAUAUAAUUUCCAGCUUAUACUGCUGGGUUACUGGAUUACUGAAUCCUGUACUGAUUCUGGAUCUGAGACACUUAACUGAGACUCCAAACGCAGUCUGAGCUUACCACUCAAGGCUCUUUCACCGGACUGAGCUAGGAGAGUUAGUAUCUUCACUUUCCCAAAUACUUUACCCAGCUCCAAACAGCCACCACUCCCAGACCCGGAAUUCUGAGAGGUGGGGGCAGGGUCUACAAAGCGGCUCGUGGGAAACGCCCACCUAUGCUUUUUCCGGAACUCGCCGGGAGAGCCCAUUCCUCUAGUCUAAACGAUGUGGGGCGCCGCAGUCCCUUUCUUCUCCGACAGGAGCAGCGGGACUGCUUGGAUUUGACCCUGAGGAUUUUGACCCUUGGGCUGGUUCCUUCAGAGACCCCGAAUGUCUGUGCCUCAGACCCAUGUGCUCCAGGGACCAGGUGCCAGGCUACAGAAAGUGGUGGCUUUACCUGUGAGCCCUUAGAGCUUGGAGGCUGUGCUGCUCAACCGUGCCACCAUGGUGCACUGUGUGUGCCCCAGGGCCCAGAUCCUAACGGCUUCCGUUGCUACUGUGUGCCUGGAUUCCAGGGACCCCACUGUGAGCUGGACAUCGAUGAGUGUGCCUCCCGGCCUUGCCACCAUGGGGGCACCUGCCGAAAUCUGGCAGAUCACUACGAGUGCCACUGCCCCCUCGGCUAUGCAGGCGUGACCUGUGAGGCGGAGGUGGACGAGUGCUCAUCAGCGCCCUGCCUGCACGGAGGCUCGUGCCUGGACGGUGUGGGCUCCUACCGCUGUGUGUGCGCACCUGGAUACGCCGGCGCGAGCUGUCAGCUGGACGUGGACGAGUGCCAGAGCCAGCCGUGCGAGCACGGUGGCGUGUGUCACGACCUGGUCAACGGUUUCCGGUGCGACUGUGCGGACACGGGUUACGAAGGCGCGCGCUGUGAGCAGGAGGUGCUGGAGUGCGCCUCUGCGCCCUGCGUGCACAACGCAUCCUGCCUCGACGGCUUCCGGAGCUUCCGCUGCCUCUGCUGGCCAGGCUUCAGUGGAGAGCGGUGCGAAGUGGAUGAGGAUGAGUGUGCAUCGGAUCCCUGUCAUAAUGGGGGCCGGUGCUCGCAGCGCUCUGACCCGACCUUGUAUGGGGGUGUUCAGGCCAUCUUCCCCGGAGCCUUCAGCUUCAGCCAAGCCGCUGGCUUCCUUUGCAGCUGUCCUCCGGGCUUUGCUGGGGAUGACUGCAGCGUGGACGUGAAUGAGUGUGCCUCAGAGCCAUGUCUCAACGGAGGUAGCUGCCAGGACCUGCCCAAUGGUUUCCAGUGCUACUGUCAGGAUGGAUACACAGGACUGACAUGUCAGGAGGAUACGGACGAGUGCCAGUCGGAACCAUGCCUGCACGGUGGGACCUGCAGCGACACUGUAGCAGGCUACAUCUGCCAGUGCCCCGAGGCCUGGGGUGGACAUGACUGUUCUGUGCAGCUCACAGGCUGCCAGGGCCACGCCUGCCCACUGGCUGCCACCUGCAUCCCCACCUUCAAGUCUGGUUUCCACAGUUAUAUCUGCCGUUGCCUGCCUGGGACCUAUGGGUCUUUCUGUGACCAGAAUACCACUUUCUCGGUUGUGUCUGGGAGUUCCGUGUGGGGAUUGGUGCCAGCUGGUGCCUCCCUGGCUUUUGCACUGAGAUUUCGUACCACCCUGCUUGCUGGAGCCCUGGCUACUCUUAAGGACUCACGGGACAGCUUGGAGCUGGUUCUGGUGGGGGCCAUGCUCCAAGCCACACUCUGGAGACGUGGCACUGCUGACCUUGUCCUUACACUGCCAGACCUAGCCUUAAAUGACGGGCAUUGGCAUCAGGUGGAAGUGACACUCCGCCUGGGAACCCUGGAGCUGCGGCUCUGGCAUGAGGGCUGCCCUGGCCAGCUCUGUGUGGUCUCUGGCACUGUGGCUACAGAUCCUACAGCCUCGGUGGCUUCUGGGUCUCCGGAGCCCUACUCCAUCCAUUUGGGCGGCAGGGCCUUUGCAGGCUGCUUCCAGGAUGUGCGUGUGGAAGGGCACCUUCUGCUGCCUGAGGAGCUCAAGGGAAGUGUGCUCCUGGGUUGUGAGCGCACAGAGCCUUGCCAACCUCUGCCCUGUGCCAAUGGAGGGGCCUGUGUGGACCUGUGGACUGACUUCCGCUGCGACUGCCCGAGACCUUACCAUGGGUCCAAGUGCACUGAUGAGGUUCCUGCUGCCACCUUUGGCUUGGGCGGUGUCAUGAGCUCAGCCACCUUCCUGCUCCACCAGAUGCUAGGCCCGAACCUCACCGUGUCGUUUUUCCUCCGCACUCGUGAGCCCGCCAGCCUGUUGCUCCAGUUUGCCAAUGAUUCAGUUGCUAGCCUAACUGUGUCCCUGAGUGAGGGCCAGAUCCGGGCAGAGGUGCUGGGUCAUCCUGCUGUGAUCCUCCCUGGGCGCCGGGAUGAUGGACUCCGUCACUUGGUGGUGCUCAGCUUUGGGCCUGACCAGCUCCAGGACCUGGGCCAGUGGCUGUAUGUGGGUGGGAGGCUCUACCCUGAUGAUACCCAGCCCUGGGGUGGGCCCUUCCGAGGCUGUCUCCAGGACCUACAACUCAACGGCAUCCACCUCCCCUUCUUCUCUUCUCCCAUGGAGAACUCAAGUUGGCCCAGUGAACUGGAAGCUGGUCAGUCCUCCAACCUCACCCAGGGCUGUGUCUCUGAGGACACGUGCAAUCCCAAUCCCUGUUUCAAUGGUGGAACAUGCCACAUCACCUGGAAUGACUUCUACUGCACUUGCCCUGACAACUUCACGGGGCCCACCUGUGCCCAGCAGCGAUGGUGCCCCAGGCAGCCAUGCCUGCCGCCUGCCACCUGUGAGGAGGUUCCAGAUGGCUUUGUGUGUGUGGCCGAAGCCACGUUCCGCGAGGGCCCUCCUGCUGUGUUCACAGGCCACAACGUGUCCUCAUCGCGCGCGCUCAGCAGGGUCACCCUGGCCUUCCGCACACGCGACCUGGAGGCUGGGCUGCUGCGCGCUGCCUCUGCCGCGGGUGCCCACUCCAAUAUCUGGCUGGCGGUGCGCAAUGGCUUGCUGGCAGUAGAUGUGGCGGGCUCGGUGCUGCCGGCGCCCGGGCCGCGCGUGGCUGACGGUGCCUGGCAUCGCGUGCGCCUAGCCCGGGAGUUUCCACAGGCCGCCGCCUCACGCUGGCUGCUGUGGCUGGACGGCGCGGCGACACCCGUGGCUUUGCACGGCUUGGGCGGCGACCUGGGUUUCCUUCAGGGCCCGGGUGCCGUGCCUCUGCUACUGGCCGAGAACUUCACGGGCUGCCUGGGCCGGGUGGCGCUCGGCGACCUCCCCUUACCCUUGGCGCCACCGCGGUCCGGCGCGAUGUCUGGGGCACGCGAGCACUUCAUGGCUUGGCCUGGGUCUCCGCCGGCAGUGAGCCUAGGCUGCCGGGGCGGGCCAGUAUGCACGCCCUCGCCCUGCCUGCACGGCGGUGCCUGCCUCGACCUCUUCGACGUCUUUGCUUGUUCCUGCGGCCCCGCCUGGGAAGGACCCCGCUGCGAGAUCCACGCUGAUCCAUGUCGCUCAUCGCCCUGUGUCCGGGGCCAAUGCAACACGCGCCCGGACGGCCGCUUCGAGUGUCGGUGCCCUCCGGGUUUCUCCGGCCCGCGCUGCAGGUUGCCUACCUUGCCUCAGGGGUGUAGCCUCAACUCCACCUGCAAGGAUGGUGCCCCUUGUGGGGGUGGCCCCUUAGGCACUAACUGCAGUUGCCAGGAAGGCCUUGCUGGCCUCAGAUGUCAGAGUCUUGACCAACCCUGUGAAGCCAGUCCUUGCUUGAAUGGGGGCACCUGCCGGGUGACCAGUGGCAUAUUUGAAUGUACUUGCAGUGCAGGAUUCUCUGGCCAGUUCUGUGAAGUGGUGAAAACCCUGCCUCUGCCUCUGCCAUUCCCACUGCUGGAGGUAGCAGUGCCUGCAGCCUGUGCCUGCCUCCUCCUCCUCCUCCUGGGCCUCCUCUCAGGAAUUCUGGCUGCCAGAAAGCGCCGCCAGUCUGAGGGCACUUACAGCCCAAGUCAGCAGGAGGUAGCUGGGGCUCGUCUGGAGAUGGACAGUGUCCUCAAGGUGCCACCAGAGGAGAGACUUAUCUAGGCUUGGCUGGCUGCUAUGUCCUGAAGGCCCCACAGGGUCACCACAGAACUUCUACCUGGAGACCCAAGGAGACUGUUUCCAGAGAUGGGACAUCCACAGGAUGUGCCCCGGUGGCUGGCAGCCCUUGCCCUGUCCAUCCAUGGACUCAGGAAGUGGGAAACGACUCAGGGAAGCAGAGAAGGCUGUGAGGGAAUGCACCUCUCUGACCUGCUGGGCUGUAUACAGGGCACACGUGGGUGUCCAUGGUAUGACAGGGUGUGUGCGUGUGUGUUUGUGUGCAUCUUUCUGUUUGGGGAAGAAAGGAGAGGAAGAAAGAGAAUAUACAUGGGGAUGUGUUGGUCAGCAGAUUGUAAUGUGUUAUGACUGUGGUAAGAGCUUCAUGUCUGGGGACAACCCAGAUGGAUACCUCUGAGACAGGGGCAGCCCAAGGCUGCACGUUCUCUCACACUGAACUGGCCACAGCUUACCCAAGCACCUAGACUUUGGUCUUGACAUCUUGUUCUCCAAGGACAGCCCUUAUCCUGGGGAAGCUGGGAAAUAGAGGAGUAUCCUUGGUUUCCAGAACAAAAGCCCUUUGGGGUAGAUCUGACUUGACAGUGCUAUGGCCAUGGCUGUAGGGCAGGUCUGCAGGAACCAUGGAGCAGCUGCCCUGGGCUGUCCUGCCUGCUGUGGGCACUUGCUGGAGUGGAGCAACCUGUCUGCCUACCUCACGAGGGAGGCUAUUCUGAGGAUCCGAGAGACAAACAGGCAGAAAACUUCAGAAGUCAUUAAAAUUCCAUUCUGAUGGAAAGAACUGGUGCCCUUUUGGGUGUUGGAAAGUGGCUCACCUGCCUAGAGUUGAAAGGACUUCUUGGGACCUUGGAAAGGAGGCAGAAGGAUGGAGAUGUCUUUCUCCCCUGUCCCUGGCCCCUGCAGACUCACCAUCUUGUGGUUCUCCAGCGCAGGCUACCCCUUUGCCUGCAGUUCUGUUGCCAAGGAAGACCUCUGUUGUGUGCCAAACAGCAGUACCCGGCAGAUGGACCGCAGGCAGCUUCUGCACUGGUGCUCGUCCUGUGACUACUCAGUGUGCUUGACUUCUGAUACCCCCUGCCCCAAGCACUGGCCUGCAGGUUUAGCCUCCCUGAAACCUCCCAGAGCCCUCUGACUUGGAGAGGUGUCCUUUGUCUUCCUUGUUUACCAGGAGUUUCCACGUGCAAAUGCCAAGUGACUUUUACACAUGGAAGCUGGCUGUUUCAAGGUUUCAGCCGGCUCAGAAGGCAGACGUGGGCUUUGAUAUGAGACCCUGGAUGCUAAGCUAGGAGGCCUGCUUGGUUCUUACCCUGUAGUGGUGGGACCACUUCGCCAUCAGCUGUCUCCAUGUCCCUUGGGAGAGGGAAGAGGAAACAGGCUCCUGUGUGAACUGUUGCAGUUGCCAGCUCCCAAGAUGUUUCCUGUGGAAUGCCAACUCGAUGAAACAUUCCAGUUCCACGUCAGUGUCACCAAUGUGGCCUACACAAGUACUCACUUGGGGUAGAUGCUGUUCUUGCUGAGAUAUGGCGGAGGGGUGGAACUUGUUCGUUCGUAUAGUCCUGCCCCCUGCUCAUCUAUAAUCCCUCACUGGGAGGGAUGGUGGCUCAGAGCCUCAGGUAUGCAUAGGCUGGAGUGCAGUGGCCUCUACUUCUGCAGGAUGGCUGGUGGAGAUGAGUACCUGCUCAGGCUCCCCAUGCCCAGAGCUCCUUGAAGGACUCGGGACUACAGUCCUCUGCCCAGUUUCAGUGACCACAUCUAGAGUUCAUCAUUGGGACUGCAGCUUCUACCCGGUGAGAUGGACAGGUGACAACAAACAUGUGCAGUGGGCCACAGGUGUCUGCUGCUUCCUAGGCUGCCCCACACCUCGUCACCCUACUGCCCACUGCUUCAUCUUGUGUGGAGCCCAGAGUUUGCUGGGGUGGAGGAAGUGGAGCUGAGACCUGUCCUGAAACACCAGGAUGCCAGGAGGCUUUCCAUGACCCAGGAGAGACUGCUGUCUAGUGGCUGAGCACACCAAGACAGAGCCCUGGGCGGGAUGGGGGGGCUCUGGCCUAGGCCUCAGGGACCCAUAAACCUCUCAGACACAGAGAGGGUCCCUAAAGUGAUAGGGACCUCUGAUGACUCCACCCCCGUGUUCCCAACCCCCAGAAACCCUGGGGUUGGCUGUCUGACCAUUUACACAUAGGAAAUGAGAAAUCAGGUCAAAUGUGCACAAUUUCCUGCAUGUCUCUGUGGAUGUUUUCUUAAAUGGUUAGUCUGUGUUUUACCUUGGUUUAUUGAAAGGAAUCAAUUUUCAAGAUUCAUCAAAUCAAUAAGGUAAAAAGGAAAAGCAAGAUCAAAGAAACAAUAACAAACAUUUCAUUAUAA